AUGUCCUCGUCGACGUCGCCAUACGAACUGAAGGACUUGAAAAAUAGCUCGACUGAAGUACAUGCCACGGAGCAAGAGAACGAAAUCGAGUAUUUCGAAUCCGGGUCUAAUGACCGUCCCUCGCAGCAGCCACACUUGGACUACGAGCAACACAACACCUCUGCCGUGCGUCGGUUCCUCGACUCCUUCAAGAGGGCCGACAGGGACGAAGAGCAGGAGGUAGAAGCUACACAGAUGAACGAUCUCACGUCGGCCAUUUCGCCCUCGUCUAGACAACCYCACGAGCUGGAGAAGGAUGAGACCACUGACAAGAUAGCACCUCACACGGGCCACAAAUCCGACUCGUUGAAGAAGACUAUUCAGCCCAGACACGUGCUUAUGAUUGCUCUGGGUACCGGGAUCGGUACCGGGCUGCUGGUGGGUAACGGUACAGCGCUGGUGCAUGCGGGCCCCGCUGGGCUGCUCAUCGGUUACGCCAUCAUGGGUUCUAUUCUGUACUGCAUCAUCCAGGCGUGUGGUGAGAUGGCCCUCGUUUACAGCAACCUGACUGGUGGGUACAAUGCAUACCCCAGUUUCCUGGUGGACGACGGGUUCGGGUUCGCCGUUGCGUGGGUUUACUGUCUACAAUGGUUAUGUGUGUGUCCGCUGGAGCUGGUCACGGCGUCCAUGACCAUCAAGUACUGGACGACGUCCGUGAACCCGGACGUCUUCGUCAUCAUCUUCUAUGUCCUGGUCAUCACUAUUAACAUUUUCGGCGCUCGUGGUUACGCAGAGGCCGAAUUCUUCUUCAACUGCUGUAAAAUCCUCAUGAUGACCGGGUUCUUCAUUCUCGGGAUCAUCAUCGAUGUCGGUGGAGCCGGAAACGACGGUUUCAUUGGUGGCAAGUACUGGCACGAACCGGGUGCGUUCAACGGUGUACACUCCAUUGACAGAUUCAAAGGUGUCGUCGCCACUCUGGUCACCGCUGCCUUUGCCUUUGGUGGUUCCGAAUUCAUCGCCAUCACCACUGCCGAACAGUCCAACCCAAGAAAGGCCAUUCCAAGUGCCGCCAAGCAAAUGAUCUACAGAAUCCUGUUCCUGUUCCUGGCCACCAUCAUCAUUGUGGGUUUCCUGGUGCCAUACAACUCCGACCAACUAUUGGGUUCCGGCGGUGGUGGUACCAAGGCUUCCCCAUACGUUAUUGCCAUCGCAUCCCACGGUGUUCGUGUGGCCCCACAUUUCGUCAACGCCGUUAUCCUACUAUCGGUCCUAUCCAUGGCUAACUCCUCUUUCUACUCCAGUGCUCGUUUGUUCCUAACUUUGUCCGAGCAAGGUUACGCCCCCAAGGUCUUUUCCUACAUUGACAGAGCCGGUAGACCUUUGAUUGCUAUGUGUGUCUCCGCAUUGUUUGCCGUGAUUGCCUUCUGUGCAGCAUCCCCCAAGGAAGAACAGGUGUUCACUUGGUUGUUAGCCAUUUCCGGUCUAUCCCAACUUUUCACGUGGACUGCCAUUUGUCUAUCUCACGUCAGAUUCAGAAGGGCCAUGAAAGUUCAAGGCAGAUCCUUGGGUGAAUUGGGUUUCAAAUCUCAAACUGGUGUUUGGGGCUCCAUUUACGCUUGUGUCAUGAUGAUCUUGAUUCUUAUUGGCCAAUUCUGGGUCGCCAUCGCCCCUAUCGGCGAAGGUAAGCUGGAUGCUCAAGCCUUUUUCGAGAACUACCUGGCCAUGCCGAUCCUGAUUGCACUAUACGUAGGUUACAAAUGCUGGAACAAGGAUUGGAAACUGUUCAUCAGAGCCGACAAGAUCGAUUUGAACUCUCACAGACAAGUCUUCGACGAAGAAUUAAUCAAACAAGAAGAUGACGAAUAUAGAGAACGUUUGAGAACCGGCCCUGCCUGGAAAAGGGUCCUGGCCUUCUGGUGUUAA